AUGGUGCGCUCGGGUGGUCUGCUAGACGACCCAAGAGGGCUCGACAAGGCACGCCCGAGGACAUGGAGACGAAGACUCAUCCGUCUCGUCUCCCUCGGCGUGGUGGUCUACGCCGCCAACGCCCUCCUGGGCCUCGCCGAGCCGGCACCCUCCUCUAGGCAGAUCCGCGGGGUCUCAUCGUCCGGCGACCCGGACUGCGUCCGCGGCGGCGUCCAGUGCGACGCGAACCCCGCGAACCCCGCGCGUCCCACGAUCGACGCGGUGGCUCUGAGGCUGCCGGAUCCCGACCCGAGCAGCGGCAAGUCGCGGUUCUACUCCGCCAACCACUGGUUCCACGUGUCCGAGUUUCACGCGAGGAAUCACGCGAGGCUGCGAUCGAUCGACGCGCUUCCGCCGCUUCGCCGGGGCAACGGGGUGGUCAUCGCGCUGGCGGACGACGCGUGGAAGGCUCAGCUGAGGCCGAUGACGCGGCUGCUGCUUGCGGCGGCGUACACGGACGGACGCGCGUCGCGGGUGAGCUUCGCGCUGCCCUCAUCCGUCCAGAACCACAACCGCGAUGGCACCAGGUGGGGCCGAGGCCUCGACGGAUCCACCGGCUUGGCGUGCGGGUGGAGUAAAACGUCGUGGCACGUCACCCCCGAACAGCCCCUGCGCGAUAGGUUCGUCAAGUGCGCGGGGUGGAGCGGGCGAGGGACGAGCUGCGAACCCGCGGACGCGACGCUCGCGACGGACGGCGGCGGCGACGUCACCUUCGGCGCGGUCAAAUCCGAGCGAGGCGAUUGGGCUCCGACGCUUCGCGACGUGCGCUCGCUGAGGGACACCAUCGACCGGCUGUGCGCCGAGGGGGGUGCCGAAGGGGGUGCCGAAGGGGGUGCCGAAGGGGGCACGUCUCGGCGCCUCGAGGCGAAGGAGGGUAAGGCGGAUACACAGGGCAAGGCGGAGCGGGCUGUUGCCGAGCUGGAGGGGCACGCGUGCAUGGGGGGCGGCGGUGUCACGACUUUCCGCCACGUCGUCGUCUACCAGCGCGACGCUGGCAGGCGUUUGGAGGGUGCGGAGGAGGCGGCGAACGCGCUCGUGCGGGCUCUUCCCGGCGGUACCGGGGCGUGGAGGCACAGCGUGGUGACGCACCACGAAAACUUACCCCCGUGUCUCUUAAAGCGGUGCCUGGGCAACGCCGACGUGCUCGUCACCCCGCACGGUUUUCAGUCGAUGCUCUACAUCCUGUUGAAGCCCGGCGCGAUGAUGUACGAGGUGUUUCCGCACAGGUACUACAAGCACGGGUACAAGCGCGCGGCGCUGGAGUGGGGCUUGGCGCACGGCAUGUCGCUGUCGCCGCCCCGGGGCGCGCUGCCGACGCUCAUAUCGCGCGCGUUCACCACCGGCGGGUGCAUGUCGAUGUACUACUGCAGGUACUUUGCGAGAAAAGGGGACGUGGCGUUGGAGGCGCGGGACGUGGAGGCCAUCGCGAGGGCCGUGAGGGCGUCGGACAGGGACGCGCAGGGCGUCGCGCUGGACCCUCGCGGUUCGCAGAGGUGGAUGCGAGAUCCGAACGGCGCCGUCGGUCGUCGGGAGUGCUUAGCCGCGUGCGCCGCUAACCACUCGUGCCAGCGGAUCAAACUCGUCGAUGACGGCGGCGGCGAAAGUGGCGGUUCGGAUUCCCCCGGCGGUUCGGAUGACGAAACAGAGGCGUCGUUGGAGAAUGGGGGCGUUUGUAUGCUGAGGGUGGACUCGGAGCAAGGGGAGCGCGACGGGGACGUCAUCGGCGCGGGAAUCUACAACAACAAGUGUUGGGUGCCGGGUUGCUGAUGA